UAAAGCACACAAAAGGGGGAGAAAGUGCCAAAAAGGAAAAGGGAAAGUAGAAAUAGCAAAACUGAAAACCAGAACGAGCUAACGAGCCCUAGCUGUUUGUCAUCUUCUCACUCACUCCACAGCUCGCCGCUCUCUCUCUCUCUCAAGUUUUUUUAUUUUGUCCUAUCAGUGAAUCAAAGCAGACCCAACAGUUAGUCCGGUUUGGCUGGCAUGGGAAGUAGAGAAGAGUUGGAUGUUGAUGAUGAUUUUAAUGAAAUUUACAAGGCAUACACUGGUCCAAUGGGUUCUAAUGCGCCAAAUGAACCAGAAAAAACAAGCAAAAGGUCACAUGCAGGUUCUGAUGAAGAGGAGCAAACUCGUGAUCCUAAUGCUGUCCCAACAGAUUUUACUAGCCGAGAAGCAAAGGUUUGGGAAGCCAAAUCUAAGGCUACAGAGAGGAAUUGGAAGAAGAGGAAAGAAGAAGAAAUGAUUUGCAAAAUAUGUGGUGAAUCAGGUCACUUUACUCAGGGUUGCCCAUCUACUCUUGGAGCUAAUCGUAAGUCGCAAGACUUCUUUGAAAGGGUGCCUGCAAGAGAUCCUCACGUGAAAGCUUUGUUCUCAGAAGAUGUAGUAAACAAAAUUGAGAAAGAUAUUGGAUGUAAAAUCCAAAUUCAGGAGAAGUUCAUAAUUGUAAGUGGCAAGGAUAGGUUGAUCCUGAAGAAAGGCGUUGAUGCUGUUCAUAAGAUUAGGGAAGAGGCUGAUAGUAAGGGUGUUCAUAAAUAUCCAGAAGAUGGCGAGCGUAAAGGUUCUUCAAGCUCUCCAAUUUCGCAGUCCAGGUCAUUUGAACGUAGAAGUCCCGUUAUCUCUCGGCUGGGACGGUCUGGAUCCCAAAAGUCCAACCCCAGCCCCCACCGUGCUGCACAUAUCUCUCAUAGGUAUGGCAGACAAGAGAAAGGCAUGGAAGACCGUGUGCGUGAAGAUCUUCAAAAACUCUCAAGUGCUUCUCCCCAUGCUUAUGGUAGUGAUGGAGGUAGAGGGCGAUCAAGCCAUUCCAAGUCUCCAGCCCAUCCUUCUUACGUAGGAAACUCCUUUAAUUCAUAUGAAGGCCAUUCUCAGAAUAGAAGCAGCUUCAGGGCGGAUGGAUGGAGUGCUGACAGAGCUGGAUCUAACAUGCAGCCUGAAAGUAAGUUUGACUACCCAUCCUUUCCCCAGACACUGGAGGAAUUGGAGUUGCAAUAUAAAAGGGAGGCAAUGGAACUUGCUAAACUUCGGGACAAAGAAGAAGAUGAUGAAAAUUUCAAGCAUCGUGAGGCUGUUACAGAGAUGAGAGAUAAUUUCUUGAGAAAAGUAGCUACAAUGAAGGGUGAACAAGCAAAUAUGUGGGAAGAGUUUCUUCAGUUACAUGAACAGAGGAGGCAAGAAGCAUGUCAACACAUUCCUGAAUCUGAUUUUACUGGUUAUAAGCAACCGAGUUACCCAGACUUUGAUAGUUCCGGAAAUCUUUAUCACUCUGGACCUGGUAUGCACUCGAGGGGCAGGUUUCCAAAUGCUAUGGACAGUUAUCCUUCUAAUAGGCCCCAUGACAGUUGUGAUGAUUUCCAGCGUCACAGGCGUGACUUCGGGAAAUCUUAUAAUCGAUACUAAAAUGUGCGGUGAAAUGGAAAUUGGCUAUUAUUGUUGGUUGGCUGCAAGUGUUGCACUCGGAGCACUCUGUCUAGGUAAGUAUCCAUGGUUAUCAUGCAUACAUGUCAGCUCUAGAAUGCAGCAUCUUUUUUCUCCAUCGUGAGAGAGACAUCUCUGUUGCUUCCAGUCUUUGUAGGACUGCCUUUUGUAAUCCAAAAAUCUACUGUUUAUGCAAUUGAACUAUGGAAUUUUGGAUUUUAGGUAUUAGAUUGGUAAAGAGAGGUGUUAUUGAUCCUAUUGAUGUUAGGAGCUUUUUGAACCACAUUUUUUAUUCUGUCAGCAAAUCAAAUGAUAUGUUGCUUGGCUGCUUUUAUAA